UGCUAGCUGGAGCUAGUGUGUUCUUGUUGUUACAUGCUUUCUGGAGCUAGUGACACACUUUGUUUUUGUUGUUACACGCUUGCUGGAGCUAAUGACACACUUGGUUCUUGUUGUUACAUGCUUGCUGGAGCUAGUGACACACUUUGUUCUUGUUGUUACAUGCUUGCUGGAGCUAGUGACACACUUUAUUCUUGUUACCUGCUUGCUGGAUCUAGUGACACACUUUGUUCUUGUUUUGACAUGCUUGCUGGAGCUAGUGACACACUCUGUUCUUGUUGUUACAUGCUUUCUGGAGCUAGUGACACACUUGGUUCUUGUUGUUAUAUGCUUCCUGGAGCUAGUGACACACUUUGUUAUUGUUGUUACAUGCUUGCUGGAGCUAGUGACACCCUUUGUUAUUUUUGUUACAUGCUUGUUGGAGCUAGUGACACACUUGUUUCUCGUUGUUACAUGCUUGCUGGAGCAAAUGAAAUAUUUUGGGAGUUUUUAAUUUAUUUUUUAAUUUAUUGUCUGUGUGACAUGAAAUACUGUUUGAUAAGGGAAAAUACUGAGUUCGGAGCCACAAUGAAGAGUCAGGGGGUCAUUUUUGUGAAAAGUACUAAGUUAAACUGAACAAAUUAUAAAUUAUUUUUUCUGUAAAUUUGUAUUCCCCCAUUUAAAAGGAGGCAUAAAAACAUUGUCAGAUUUAGAUAUGCAGUGUCAGUAGCUAAAGCAGAAGUACUUCCAGAUUAGAUAGAAGAGCAUUUUUUUUUUUCAUGUUGGCACAUUCCAAGACAUUACCCUGGGGCACCUUAACCUUAUGCGUCAAUUGAACAGUGUGAGUGGGCAUUGUAAUCAUUUCAGUAGACAAGUUGGCAUAGAAAUUCUGUGAGUAGGUAUAGUUAAAUGGCCAGGAUGCCAGGGUAGGGGGAAGGUGGGAUUGAAGUUUUUUGAGGAGGUAUGAGUUAAAUGACCAUUACAUGGAUAGGGAGAAGGUGGGAUAGAAGUUCUGUGAGGAGGUAUGAGUUAAAUGACCAUUACAUGGAUAGGGAGAAGGUGGGAUAGAAGUUAUGUGAGGAGGUAUGAGUUAAAUGACCAUUACAUGGAUAGGGAGAAGGUGGGAUAGAAGUUCUGUGAGGAGGUUUGAGUUAAAUGACCAUUACAUGGAUAGGGAGAAGGUGGGAUAGAUGUUCUGUGAGGAGGUAUGAGUUAAAUGACCAUUACAUGGAUAGGGAGAAGGUGGGAU